AUGUUCGACCCCCCCCUCCCCCCCCCCCAACCCACCCCCCCCCCCCCCCCCCCCCUCCUCCCCACCCCCAACGACACCGCCCGCCUCCCCAUCAUCCCCGGCCUCCCCGCCUUACCAGCCCCAACAACAACCGGCCUCGGCGCCAACCGUAUCGCCACCGCCCUCCACGCCCGAGCAGCCCUGCCCCCUUUAGUCUCUAUCGCACACUUGCACGCUCUACUCCUCACCACCGGCCUUGCGCGGUCUCCCGCGGCUGCCGAAAGGGAGAUUGCGGGGAUGGUGCGCUCGGGCAAAGGGAGGAGGGUGGUGGUGCCGACUUUGAGGGCUGUUAGGGGGGGUGGGGAGUUGUUUGUUUUGGUGGAGGGGUUGGAGGAGUUGGUUAGGGAGUGUGGUGCGCUUGGUGGGAAGGAGGGAAGAGAUGGGGGGAUUGGGGAGAAGUUUGUAAGGUGGUUGAGGGCGAAUCCGGGGAGGACGGGGAUGACGGAGGGGGAUGUGAGGGAGUGUGGGCUGCGGAGGAAAGAGGUGGAUGCGUUGGUACGAGCGGGGUUUUUGACGGCUGGGAAUGCGGCAGGUGGUGCUGCUGGUGGUGGAAGAGGGGGGUCAGGUUUGUCUGCGCGGCCGGACCAGAGGUAUGGCAUGAUCAGUCUUGAGACUGUGUCACGGGCAGCGGCCGGGUCGGUUGCGGCCGCGGGAGGAGACGGGGUAAUCCAUGCGGCUGGGGGUACCGGGGCGAGAAGCAUGGUGGGACAGCUACCCGGGACCGGGCCCGCGCCGGGAGGGUUUAGCAUCGCGAUUCCCGGAUGCGGGGUGUAUCUGAAGCUGAUCUCCGCGGCACUAGAGCACCUGGCAGACUUGCUCCGCAGGACGCAGUACCGGGAACUACCCGAGUCGGACCUGCGUGAGAAGUGGGACGGCGGCAUUGCGGGAGAGAGCGAGGUUGCCCUGGCCAAGAAGGCCAGGGGCGAGUUCACGGGCGUUAUGCCUGGGCGGACCAAGAAGUGGAAGGUGUUUCACGGGCUCGCGUUUGACUGGGUGCUGCGGGAGGCCGUUGGGGCUGGUGUUGUUGAAGUCUUUGAGACAGGGAGUGUUGGGCGUGGUGUGCGUCUGGUUUGA